UGUGCACUUCGCCUUAUUUCAGUUCAUCCGCCCCCGUAACCCAUAGGCAAGGCAAGCAAAAGCCCCUUUUGAGUUUACUUGACUCCACCUGUGCUCCUCCGCUGUCGGCGGUUUCCGGCGGAAUUCUUCUUCUCGCUCGUUCUAUCAACCCUCAAACCACCAGAUCCACUCAAACCAACCAAACACUGCGACAAACUUAUCAUAAUUUCCGAGAAUGGUUCAAGUCCGCCUCCAACUUCUCAUAGUCGUCGCCGCCCUCUUCUUCACGGCUGCCGUCGCCGAGAUCCGGGUCACGGAGAUCCGAUCCGACGGCGUCUCUACAAUCCCCUUGGACGAGUUCGGGUUCACCCACAUGGGCCAGCUGGAGCUCAACCUCUCCCAAGUCGCCUUCUCGUACCCUAGCGCCAGCACCAAACCCGACCUCUCGCAAGUCGGGUUCCUCCUCUGCACCCUAGAGUCCUGGAUCCAAGUCCUGAAGCAAAUUACCGACGGCAAGAUCACAUGCUCCCUCGAGUCCGUCGCCGUCAAACACGUCUUCACCUUCGACAAAUUCGACAAAUCCCAAGACGACUUCUACACCAGCUUCAGUGUCACCGACCCGAGUCAGUUCACUCUGGUCUUCGCCAAUUGCGUUCGGAAGUUGAAAGUCUCGAUGAAAGUUCGCUCCUCGAUGUACAAUUUCGACGCCAAAACGAAUUUCCGCGAUUACUUAUCCGCCGGUAAAACCAAUCUCCCCUCGAUUUACUUCUUCUUCUUUCUGAUUUACUCUGCCCUAGCCGGUAUAUGGAUUUACAUUCUCUACAACAAGCGAUUGUCUGCUUUCCGAAUCCACUUCUUCAUGCUCGCUGUUGUGAUUUUGAAAGCUUUGAAUCUAUUGUGUGAAACUGAGGACAAAUCGUUUAUCAAAAGGACUGGCACUGCCCAUGGUUGGGAUGUAUUGUUCUACAUAUUUAGCUUCUUCAAGGGAAUUUCUCUCUUCACUUUGAUUGUGUUGAUUGGGACUGGUUGGUCCUUCUUGAAACCCUAUUUGCAAGACAAGGAAAAGAAGGUUUUGAUGAUUGUGAUACCUUUGCAAGUCAUAGCCAAUGUGGCCCAGGUGGUGAUCGGUGAGGCGGGCCCGUUUGCGCACGAUUCAUACACUUGGAAGCAAGUGUUCUUGUUGGUGGAUGUUAUUUGCUGCUGUGCUGUGUUGUUCCCGAUCGUUUGGUCGAUUAAGAACCUACGUGAGGCGGCUAGGACCGAUGGGAAGGCUGCAGUGAACUUAAUGAAGUUGACAUUGUUUAGGCAGUACUACAUUAUUGUUAUAUGUUACAUUUACUUUACACGGGUUAUUGUGUAUGCAUUGGAGACUAUUACAUCGUAUAGGUAUCAGUGGACGAGUGUGGUGGCUGCUGAAUUGGCAACCCUUGCGUUCUAUAUCUUCACCGGGUACAAUUUUAGGCCGAAGGUGCACAACCCUUACUUUGCACUCGAUGAUGAAGAAGAGGAAGCCGCUGCCGAGGCACUGAAGCUUGAAGAUGAGUUUGAAUUGUGAUUGUUUGACGAUCAUGGAAAUUUAGUUCUGGGGAUAACUGUAUGAUGCCUCGGGAAAUGAAUGUGUAAACCAUAUGAUUAGUAAGGCCGGGGUAGAGAUUUAGAUACCAGACAGGUUAAAUGUUUUUGAUAUGCAUACAUUAAACCUUCACUUGAUAUAUUGUGUAAUUCUUCUUACUUAAUGUUGCCUUUUUUUGUUUGUGUUUGUGAGUUUGAUCAUGGAAGUUAGUGAAUAAAAAUAAUGUUCUUGUUUGUUUA